UUCCUCAGAUAUUCCUCUCAGUUGCUUCUCUAUUUCCUCCUCCAAUCAUCACUCGCCUUCAUCUUCCUUCUCUCUAUCCAAACCCUAUCUCUCUCUCUCUCUCUCUCUCUCUCUCUCUCUAGAUCUUUCAUCAAUCACGGCGGUCUGCAGUCCGAAAUGGACGUGCCGGAGAAUCUACGCUUGCGGCGGAGAAGAGCGAUCACGGAGCUCUUAAAAGGCAAAGCCUCGGUCGUUCAGCUCCAAACCCUACUCCAAAACCUGCCCCCCGACGGCGCCUCCACCUUACUCUCCGCCGAGCUCGCGCAGGAAAUCUGCAGAUCUUUCACUCAGGCCAUCUUCGAGCUCACUUCCGGCGAUGCGGCGGCCCAGAUUUGCCAGAUCCCAUCCGCCUCCGCCUGCUCCGGCGGCCUGACGUUUGAGGACUCCGGCGAGACUACUGGCACGAACAAGAAGAAGGGCCGCAAAGGGCGAUACAAGAAAAGUAAAAAUUCGGAGACAUGGAACAAGGUAUCUGAAACCCAGGAAGAUGGUGGUGCAUGGAGGAAAUAUGGCCAGAAGAAUAUACUCCACUCAGAAUCUCCCAGGUGCUACUUUAGGUGCACCCACAAGAGGGACCAAGGCUGCAGAGCGACAAAACAAGUCCAAAGAACCUCGGAGGGGUUGUACCAGACAACAUAUUUCGGCUACCACACCUGCAAGGAUCCGCAGAGGUUUCCACGCCGGAAAACCGAUCAUGUCGCCGGAGCCUUCUCCGGCGACGCUCCAAACGACCAUCAAACCAUGGUGGAAGCUGCUAAUAAGCAGAUGAGUCUCCAAGAAGAAGAAGAAGAUGGUGGCGCCAUUGAUACAGUGAAGAAGGAGGAAGAAACAGCACAGAGCGAGAUUUCUAUAAGCAAAUCACCAGAUAAUAAUGAUAAGUGUUAUGAUGAUGAUGAUAAUUUUAUAUGGGGGGAUAUUAUUGGGGAGUCUAGUAAUUAUGAUACCAGUUUUUAUGCAUGCUCUUCAACUAGCUUCAGUGAUCUUGAUAUGGGUGGCGUUGCAGAUUUCGACACCUUUUUCCCCCAUUCAUGAGGAGAUCGAUAUAUAUAUAUAUCACCAUAUCAUUGCUGUUGAAUAAUACUGGGUAAUUUGAAGAGUUGUAAACACACUAGUUUCAAUGUAUUUUGACUACGUACUACUGUAUUAUGAUGACUUCAAUUUCAAUGAAAAUAAAUGUUUCUGCUCA